ACAUACUUUACCUUCUUGUAAAAACCCCCCCUCCUGGUUGCUGGUUGCUUCUCUACCUCAAACCAUUUGUUUAUAAUCUUCAGGUGGAACUCUUGAGAUCACUUCUGAUUUUUGGUUUUAUUUGGGAAGAUAGUUGUUUUUAAAGAGCUUGUGGUCUUGUUAUUUGUGGGUUGUGCUUAGAAAUCAAUUGCAUUUUUCUCUAGGUUUUCUUGUAAAGUUUCAAGAAUUUGGAGGGUUGAUGUGGUGUUAAAGUCACUUUCUUGAUCAACAGCUUCCCUGAAUUCAUUAAAUUUCUCCAUUUUCUUCAAUGAUUUAGGUUUGUUCUUGGUUUUCUUGAAUCAUAUAGGCUUUUAAUCUCUUUUGUUGUACUUUCUUGCACAAUUGGUUUGUGAAUCCAUGGGACUUUGUCAUGGAAAACCGAAUCAAACCCGUGAAAACCAGCACGAAAACUCCAAUUUCCCCAAUGAAGUUGAACCCACACUGAAUUCCCAAUCUGGGAAAACAUCAAACUUCCCUUAUUACAGCCCAAGUCCUUUCCACAACAGUACUGCCUUCAAGAAUUCACCUGCGAAUUCGAGUGUUGGUUCGACACCUCUUCGCAUAUUUAAAAGGCCUUUCCCACCACCAUCCCCUGCUAAGCAUAUUAGAUCAUUGCUUGCAAGGAGACAUGGGUCUGUUAAGCCUAAUGAGGCCUCAAUUCCUGAAGGAAAUGAAUUUGAGGUUGGAUUAGAUAAGAAUUUUGGGUAUUCUAAGCAGUUAUUAAGCCAUUAUGAGCUUGGAGAAGAAGUGGGUAGGGGACAUUUUGGGUAUACUUGUACUGCCAAGGGCAAGAAAGGGAGUAUGAAGGGCCAUGAUGUUGCUGUUAAAGUCAUCCCCAAAUCGAAGAUGACUACAGUAAUUGCCAUUGAGGAUGCAAGGAGAGAAGUGAAAAUAUUAAGGGCUUUAACGGGUCAUGACAAUCUAGUUCAGUUUUACGACGCUUAUGAAGAUGAAGACAAUGUCUAUAUAGUUAUGGAGUUAUGUAAAGGAGGUGAACUAUUAGAUCGGAUACUUGCCAGGGGUGGAAAAUACUCGGAAGAAGAUGCUAAGGCUGUCAUGGUCCAGAUUUUGAGAGUCACGGCCUAUUGUCAUCUUCAAGGUGUCGUUCACCGUGAUCUUAAGCCCGAGAAUUUUUUGUUUACGUCUAAGGACGAGCAUUCACUCCUCAAAGCCAUUGACUUUGGACUCUCUGACUACGUAAAGCCAGAUGAGAGGUUGAAUGAUAUCGUUGGAAGUGCAUACUAUGUAGCUCCUGAAGUUCUGCAUAGAUCAUAUGGGACAGAAGCCGAUAUGUGGAGUAUUGGUGUUAUUGCAUAUAUUCUUCUAUGUGGGAGUCGACCCUUCUGGGCGCGCACGGAGUCCGGAAUCUUCCGGGCUGUUCUCAAGGCUGACCCGAACUUCGAUGAAGCCCCGUGGCCUUCUUUGUCAUCUGAUGCCGUUGACUUUGUAAAGAGGUUAUUAAACAAAGAUUACCGCAAGAGACUUACCGCUUCACAAGCUCUCAGUCAUCCAUGGCUGGCCAAUUAUCACGACGUGAGAAUACCUUUGGACAUGAUAAUCUACAAGACCGUAAAAGCAUAUAUAUGCUCAUCUCCUCUAAGAAAAGCUGCUUUAGGGGCUGUUGCAAAGACUUUAUCAAUUACAGAGCUAGGUUAUCUUCGCGACCAGUUUGCGGCACUCGGUCCAAACAAAAGCGGAUUCAUAUCCAUGCAGAACUUCAAAUCGGCCUUGAUGAAGAAUUGCACUGAUGCCAUAAAGGACUCACGCGUGCUAGAUUUUGUCCAUAUGGUGAGUUCUCUUCAACAUAAAAAAUUUGAUUUUGAGGAAUUUGGAGCAGCAGCCAUUAGCAUUCAUCAGCUAGAAGCAAUGGAAAACUGGGAGCAGCUUGCACGUCGUGCCUAUGAGCUCUUUGAGAAGGAUGGAAACCGACCUAUCAUGAUUGAAGAACUUGCCUCGGAACUUGGACUUAGCCCGUCAAUACCAGUUCAUGUAGUUCUUCAGGAUUGGAUUAGACACGCAGACGGGAAGCUCAGUUUCUUGGGGUUCAUUCGGCUUCUACACGGAGCCUCAUCCCGUGCAUUCCAGAAGGCGUGAAAUGGCAAAAACAACGAUACUUCUUAUGCCAUCUCAAAGAAUACAUAUUCCUGCAAGUACAAGUGAGAAUCUACAAAAACCAGAAACAGUCCUCCAAGUUUCGUUUACUCAAAUUAAACCCCAUUUGCAGCAAACUCAAUAUGUCAAACAGGGUACGUACGUCUUGUUUGUCGAAAUCUAGAGAAUUGUACAGAGGUAGGUCGAUCUCAGUGUGUUUUAGUUUAGAAACCGCAUAAUGGUUGAGUGAAUUUUGUGCCGGUUUUUUUUAUGUUAAGUUUUCUCUGUGUUGUUAUGUAUUAUGUGAUCCUAAUAAUGGUGAAAACAACUUGGUUUGAUAUAAGCCAUCUUUAGGCC